UAAAAACCUCUCUUUCAUGUCUCUCAUGGAUAUAACAGGAUUUGGAAUGUUGCUACUUCUGCUCAUAACCAGCAUUUUUAUCUAUUUGACAUGGAACAAAAUGUACAAGAAACGUAACCUUCCUCCAGGUCCAACGCCUCUACCGCUGAUUGGAAAUUUACUACAGAUAAAGUUAGGUGAAUUGGCCGGAUCACUUAUAAAGCUUCAGGACCAGUAUGGCCCAGUCUAUACAUUGUACUUUGGCUCGCGGCCUGUGGUUUUCAUUUGUGGAUAUCAGGCAGUGAAGGAAGCCCUUGUUGACCAUGCAGAAGAAUUUGGAGUCCGUGGAAGAGUUCCUACAAUGGACAAAUAUACUCAAGGAUAUGGAUUUGCUUUUGCAAAUGGUGAGCGGUGGCAGCAAAUGAGAACAUUUGCUAUUAAGACCCUGAGGGAAUUUGGACUUGGGAAGAAAAGCACAGAGGUGAAGAUUCAUGAGGAGGCUCAGAAUCUGGUGAAGGAAAUCUCACAAUUAAAUGGGUCACCAGUUAAUCCAUCUAAAAUGUUUGUGAUUUCCGUAGCCAAGGUAUUUCUCUCUAUUAUUUUUGGAAGCAGCCUUGAAUGCAAGGACGAGAGAUUAUUAAAGCUUCUCAGCUUAGUGGAGGAGACUUUCAGUCUUAUGAGUUCAACUUGGGGACAGUUGGAGGACACCAUUCCUGGACUAAUGAAAUACAUUCCAGGGCCACACCAAAAGAUCGUUAACGUAUCUGAAGAACUGAUUGGCUAUAUACAAGACAGAGUGUUGGUCAACCAGAAAUCACUAGAUCCUGAUGACCCAAGAGAUUUUAUUGAUUGUUUUCUUAUCAAGAUGGAGCAGGAAAAACAGAAUCCCAACUCAGAGUUCACCAUGAGAAAUCUCUUGCUAUCAGUUCACAGCCUAUUACUUGGUGCAGGAGAUUCUGUAGCUACAACACUGAGACACACAAUGUUAAUCCUAGUGACAUAUCCAGACGUUCAAGCUAAACUUCACAAGGACAUUGAUCAUGUUAUUGGAAGAAACAGACUUCCACUGCCAAUUGACCGGAGCCAGAUGCCUUAUACAGAAGCUGUCAUCAAUGAGGUCCAACGAUUUAUAGAUCUUGCUCCACUUAAUAACACACAUUCAGUUAUGAAAGACACCGAGUUCCGAGGAUAUACUAUUCCCAAGGGCACUGAUGUCUACCCAUUGCUCUGUACUGUUCACCGUGAUCCCAGCCAAUUCUCUACACCGUACAAAUUCAACCCCAACCACUUCCUAGAUGAGAACGGCGUAUUCAAGAAGAAUGAUGCUAUGAUGGCUUUUUCUGCAGGAAAGCGGAGAUGUCCCGGAGAAGGACUCGCUAUACUUGAGCUGUUUCUUUUCCUAACCAUUAUCCUACAAAACUUCACCCUGACCUCAGAGAAAAAAUUUACUGAUGACGAUAUUGCCCCAAAAUUAACUGGAUUUCUCAAUCACCCCAUAUAUUUUGAAAUCUCUUUUGUUCCACGAUAAUAUUUUUUCAAAAAUGUAUUUUUUUUAAAUAUCUGAAUUUUGUUGACAUUAUUUUAAUUUUCAUUGUUAAUGUCCAUAUUCAUUAUUAAUGCAUGUUAUAUUGGACUUAUUUGCAUAGGGAACACUAUUACAAUGUCCAGCUUCUUUGCCAUGAGAUAUUAUGAUGUCAAGAUACAAAUAUUUAGUCAAAUAUUAGUUUUAUAGAGCUUUGUUAAACAGGAACAACACACUAUUUUCUUUAUUUUUCUAGAUAAAGCAUAUAGUUUAAAAAAAAAAACGUAUUUGCUUCACUCUCUUAUGCCCUGAUAUUCAAAGUUUCUCCAGCUUGGAGAGAAAUUGCAGUUCAGACUUCACAGGGGCUGAACUCACUGAGGCCUAGAUUUAGAGUUUGGCGGUAGCCGUGAAAACCAGCGUUAGAGGCUCCUAACGCUGGUUUUAGGCUACCGCCGGUAUUUGGAGUCAGUCAGGAAAGGGUCUAACGCUCACUUUUCAGCCGCGACUUUUCCAUACCGCAGAUCCCCUUACGUCAAUUGCGUAUCCUAUCUUUUCAAUGUGAUCUUUCUAACUCCGGUAUUUAGAGUUGUGGCUGAAGUGAGCGUUAGAAAUCUAACGACAAAACUCCAGCCGCAGAAAAAAGUCAGUAGUUAAGAGCUUUCUGGGCUAACGCCGGUUCAUAAAGCUCUUAACUACUGUGCUCUAAAGUACACUAACACCCAUAAACUACCUAUGUACCCCUAAACCGAGGUCUCCCCACAUCGCCGCCACUCGAUUAAAUUUUUUAACCCCUAAUCUGCCGACCGCCACCUACGUUAUACUUAUGUAC